CUUGUGUGAACUUCGAGCACCAACCUUCCUAAAACCACGUUUAUAUAACAGUGCACCAAUCCGUACUAUAUCAACGGCAACCUGACGUCCUAAACUCAUCUAACAAAUCUCCAUGGAGAAUAUCCACCAUGGAAUCAAUUAAACCUCAUCCCACCGGCACUCCUCAUUUGACCAGCCCCGAGAACUUUUUGAAUAGACCAGCCGGUCAUCCUCCAAAUGGCACGGCAUCUCAUCUCAUAGAUCUACCCAGCACUGAUAUAGUAGGUCUCGUAUCAGUAAUCGUUGCCGCAAGCCUGGUAGCAAUUUUCUACUCGAUUCGAAUUUAUACAAGAGUGCGUUACGUAAAAAGAUUCAGAGUCGAAGACUAUAUCGGGCUUCUCGCAUUGCCGUUCUUCAUCUCUGGCACAUGGAUAUUAGGUGAAAUGUGUCGAGGUGGCCUUCGUGCCCACACGUGGGAUCUACAGAUGGGGGAAUUUUUAAAGCUCAGUCGAUUUUACGUCCUCGUGACUAUCUUAUACUGUGUCACGCUCAUGAUAACCAAAGUGGCGAUCCUCCUGGAAUGGACUCAUCUCUUCGUUAUAAGAUCUUCUCACAAUACCUUCUUUUGGCUAUGUCGCGCCCUAAUUUUAGCUAAUUGUUGUAUAUACAUCGCGACAAUCUUUCUCGUCUCUUUCAACUGUUCUCCUCUUCGAAAACAACGGGGCCCGGAUACCCUUCUAGGAACAUGCAUGGGUCUAACCGACAUCAAUAUCAUCAUAACUGUUCUUCAUCUAGCCUUCGACCUUCUAAUCUUUAUACUCCCACAUACGAUAAUAUGGAGGUUAUCCCUGGCAGGCCGGUCAAGAAUUAUUAUUUCCAUUGUUUUUUCUGUGGGUAGCCUGACUUGUUUAUGUGCUGCUGGUCGAGUGGCCGGUGCAGUCGAUAUUAAGCGGUUUUUUCGUGAUCCAUCCGCAAAAUAUUCUAGCUUUGUUCUCUGGGAUCUAGCCGAAACAUCAACCGCAAUGUUGAUAUUCUGCGUUCCAGGUAUCCCUAGCGUGUUCCGCGGCAAAAAUCCGAUCCCUAGGCUCGGCGCCCUAGUACGAUCAAAAAUGAAAGACUUUUCGCUUCCACUAUACCUCACUCCGAACGGCAAGCAUAGAUAUAUGAGAUCCGAGAUAGCACGAGAUGAGCCUCGCCCUGACGACAUCCCCUGGACAGAUGAAACCAGUGACAUACACCUUACAGCAGUAGCACCCGCUAGGACUCGAGAUGGGAGCCCGCAAGAUCGGACAGAAGGACAACCUAUAAACUACGACGGAAGGAUACUCAGGGUUACCGAAAUUACCAUUAGCACGAGCGAGAACCCAGACAUACAACCAAAAAGGGACAUCCGGCAAGAACAUCGAACUGCCUGGUUGGAUUGCGAAUCUGAUUAGGAAUAGUUUCUUGUGGUGCUAUAAGAUGGAUCUCGACGAGAUACGAAAGAAUUUCCAUCAAGAAAUAAUACAGUUCUCUCAAAUUUCUUAAUUGAACGGUGAUGGUCUCCUCAUAUCCACAUUCUUUUAUGUUUAACAUGUCAUCUUUACUCCUUGACUUAGCUAGAGAUUUUAGGGCGAUCAGGUUAAGCUAUACACAUCAUGAUCCGCUACUUAGCGUACCUGUACAUGUACUCGGAAUUGGUUCAGCGUGGAUCGCCAAUGCUACGCGGAGGCUCAAUUCGCGAGGGACCCCAGCAAGGCGGUUCCACGACUUCCGGUUGCCGAAAAGGGAAAUACCCGAAAUAGGGAAAGGGGAUCGCGACGACAUAAAUAUGACGAACCACAGACUUUUCACAAUGGACUUUCUCUUCUAAUCGAGUAAAUUGUCAAGAUGUUACUCACAUUAUCCUAUCUUCUAUCUCUUAGUCUGCUGGCAAGCGGGAGCCACGC